AAUGACAGGGUUGCUAGUUUACAACAUAUUCAAAUGACGUUCUAGUUUAUCACAUAUUCAAAUUAAGCCCAGCUGUAAAUAGGAACUGAAUAUACGUUUUUUUACUGCACCUCCCUACCCCACUGCAGUUCCUCAUCAUUCUCCUGGGACGUGUGAGUGUGUGUGCGGGCAUUCGUGCGUACAUGUUUGUGUGUGUGUGUGUGUGAAUGUUAUUUGCAUAACAUCCUGUGUAUUCCAUAACAGUUGUGGUUGUGUACUGCCAGUGUGUGUGUGGUUGAGUGUGUGAGUGUUUGUGGGAUUUAAAUGAGUGAGUGUGUGUGAUGAGGGCCAUCUUCCUCUUCUGGUCCCCACUCUGAAAGAGAACUUAGAGCUGUGAUGAUGUCUGGUGAAAUCAUCUACUCUGAUGUUACAUUCACUCGGCAUCAGAACCAAGAUACUGGAGCAGAAAGUGAAGUUUCUAAUGGAGUAGCCGAACGUGAAGAGGAUGUCACAUACUCUGAGGUUAAAAGACCGGAAGGUAGAGCUAGUGAGCAGAAGGAUCCUGGGAAAGGAAGGGACCCUGGCAAUAGUGACCCCACUCCCCCAGUGGGGUCAAAGGCUACAAUCCCUGAGGGAGGGUCUGGGAGAGUUCCCGUGGCGACCCUGGUGUGUCUCUGUGUUCUACUGCUGGGCCUGGCAAUCACUCUGGGAGUCCUCUAUGCUUCCAACAUGACUGGUCUUCAAGCUGAGGGGGCUCGCUUUGCCCAGAUGAAAGAGAAUCUAACAGGGAAACUGCAUGAACUGCAAGACAGCUAUAAGAGACUACAGAAUGAGAUCCACAACGUAACAGUCCAGAGAGACCUGUUUUCCUCAGAGCUACAAGACUGUAAUGACAACCUUACUAGCGUCAAAUAUCUCCUGGCAACCAUCCAAGGGAAUCAGAAGAGAUGUAAUACCAGUCAGCUGUGUUCUCCUGGCUGGGAGUUCUACAAUGGAUCAUGUUACUACUUCUCUAAAGACAAACUGACCUGGGAACAGAGUCAGUACGCCUGCAUCCACGAUGGAGGACACCUGGUCAUCAUAGAGAGUCAGCAGGAGCAGGAGUUUAUAAAACAGAGAGUGGUAGCACUGGGAAUUGAUCCUUAUGAUCACAGCCCCUGGAUUGGACUGACAGAUGAGAAGCAUGAGAAAUUGUGGGUCUGGAUGGACAAUACAACUCUUAAUGAGAGCAUCAAGUACUGGGACUCUGACGAACCCAACAACCAUGGGCCUAAUGGUGAAAGUGAAAACUGUGUCCGAAUUGGUCAAAAAUGUCACAACCAAAUAAAUUGUUGGUUUGACUUUCCAUGUGCCGAACCAUCUAAGAGAAUCUGUGAGAGUCGUGCAGUCUGUGAAAGUCGGGCAGCCACUCCAUAGUGAAGCCAAAUGUAGUGUAUUGAAUGAGUAACCAGCACAAGGCACCGUAUUGUUGGGAAGUAUUUAGGGCCCGUUUUCUAGAAACAGACCAAACCUACACUCUUAGAAAAAAAGGUUCCAAAAGGGUUUUUCGGGUGUCCCCAUAGGAGAACGAUUUUUGACUCCAAGUAGAAGCCUUUUUGACUCCAUGUAGAACACUAUUGGGUUCUGUGUAGAGGAAGAUCUCUCUGUUGAAAGGGUUCUACCUGGAACCAAAAGCACUACUUCAAAUGUUUCUCCUAUGGGAACAGACAAUAUAUAGCCACUUUUUUUCUAAGAAUGUAUUGCUGGACUAAGUAUUACCUUCAUUUGAGCUUGUGUCCACACAACAAAUACUUCUGCUUUGAGCUAUAAUUGAAUGUCAUACCUGUGUAGUUCCUCCACAUAGCCAGCUGGAUCUGACAGAUCCUACUGACAUGGAUUUAACUUCUUUAUUUAUAUUGGUAAAUAUGCUUUCCAUUGUAACAUUUGAUAUUUUAGUCAAUUAACAGACGGUCUUGUCCACAGUGAUAUACAGAUCAAUGCAGUAGUAUUAGAAAGCCUGCAUGGUUUAGCCUGCAUGGGUUAGCCUGUAUGGUUUAGCCUGCAUGGGUUAGCCUGUAUGGUUUAGCCUGUAUGGUUUAGCCUGCAUGGGUUAGCCUGUAUGGUUUAGCCUGCAUGGGUUAGCCUGUAUGGUUUAGCCUGUAUGGUUUAGCCUGCAUGGGUUAGCCUGCAUGGUUUAGCCUGCAUGGGUUAGCCUGCAUGGUUUAGCCUGCAUGGUUUAGCCUGUAAGGUUUUGACUGUCAUCUCAACCUUCUAUUCAGGAAAAUGUAUCUAGGUUGGAUUUCUAACAAUAUGAUUACAUGUAUUUAUUCAGUUGAUUUACAGAUUUAUUCGUAACAAUGGGAUUCAUUCAUUCAGCUGUUUUUACAGGUGUAUUUGUAACAUUGGGAUUCAUUAAUUCAGCUGUUUUUACAAAUGUAUUUGUAACAAUGGGAUUCAUUAAUUCAGCUGUUUUUACAGGUGUAUUUGUAACAUUGGGAUUCAUUAAUUCAGCUGUUUUUACAAAUUUAUUUGUAACAUUGGGAUUCAUUAAUUCAGCUGUUUUUACAGGUGUAUUUGUAACAUUGGGAUUCAUUAAUUCAGCUGUUUUUACAGGUGUAUUUGUAACAAUGGGAUUCAUUAAUACAGCUGUUUUUACAGGUGUAUUUGUAACAUUGGGAUUCAUUAAUUCAGCUGUUUUUACAGGUGUAUUUGUAACAAUGGGAUUCAUUAAUUCAGCUGUUUUUACAGAUUUAUUUGUAACAAUGGGAUUCAUUAAUUCAGCUGUUUUUACAGAUUUUUGUUGUAACAAUGGGAUUCAUUAAUUCAGCUGUUUUUACAGAUUUUUGUUGUAACAAUGGGAUUCAUUAAUUCAGCUGUUUUUACAGAUUUUUGUUGUAACAAUGGGAUUCAUUAAUUCAGCUGUUUUUCCAGAUUUUUGUUGUAACAAUGGGAUUCAUUAAUUCAGCUGUUUUUACAGAUGUUUGUUGUAACAAUGGGAUUCAUUAAUUCAGCUGUUUUUACAGAUUUUUGUUGUAACAAUGGGAUUCAUUAAUUCAGCUGUUUUACAGAUUUUUGUUGUAACAAUGGGAUUCAUUAAUUCAGCUGUUUUUACAGAUUUUUGUUGUAACAAUGGGAUUCAUUAAUUCAGCUGUUUUUACAGAUUUUUGUUGUAACAAUGGGAUUCAUUAAUUCAGCUGUUUUUACAGAUGUAAUUGUAACAUUGGACUUCAUUAAUUCAGCUGUUUUUAUAUAUGUAUUUGUAUGUGCAGGUCUAAUAGAUGGAAUUAGACAUGAAGUAAUACAUAAAUAAAAAUUGAAUGAUCUAAAUGUUAAAAA